GAAACUCCUCCCUGUUGACAACACACACGCUGCUCUCAUAGCGCAAUGGUCUCCUGGAUUAUUUCUAGGCUUGUGGUGCUCAUAUUUGGUACCCUUUACCCAGCAUAUUCGUCAUAUAAAGCUGUAAAAUCUAAAGAUGUACGAGAAUACGUGAAAUGGAUGAUGUACUGGAUAAUAUUUGCACUUUUUACAACAGUUGAAGUAUUCACAGAUAUCUUUUUGUGCUGGCUCCCAUUCUACUAUGAACUCAAAAUUGCCUUUGUGGUGUGGUUACUUUCCCCGUACACAAAAGGAUCCAGUGUGCUUUAUAGAAAAUGUGUGCACCCUACACUGUCCUCUAAGGAGAAGGACAUUGAUGAAUAUCUUUGCCAAGCAAAAGAUAAGAGCUAUGACACUCUGAUGCAUUUUGGAAGGAAAGGACUUAAUGUGGCGGCAACGGCUGCAGUGAUGGCUGCCUCCAAGGGCCAAGGCGUUCUUUCAGAACGGCUCCGGAGUUUCAGUAUGCAGGACCUGUCAGCCUUCCAGGAUGAAGACCAAGCAACAAACCAGAGUUCUGUUUCCACUCAACCCGCAUCUGCACAGCACAGAACGCGCAAUAUGAUGCGCAGUAAAUCUGAGACUGGUUACAGCAAGGGCCAUGAUUUUGACAUUACUGAGUAUGAGGUGUUGAACCCCUCUAUCGAGCCUCCCUGCCCUUUGACCUCCACAUCCGCCCCAAAGGAGCCUGACCCCAUGACUCUACCACUUUUCCUCCCUGAGUCCUUCCAGGAUAAACUUGCACCUUCACCUCCCUCAUCACCUGUAGCCCCAGAUGAGCCUGUGGAUAAAGGGAAGGAGGGAUAUCCCCCUACAGGGUCACCCCAACUCAGAUUUAAGAGGCGUGCCCCUGAGCCUCCUCCUAGAACCCUGCGACCCGUCACCCGAUCCAGAUCAAAGACCGCCCUCUCUUCAGACACUGAAGCCAUGUGACUGUGUGCAUAUGCUCCGAAAGCGCUUUAGCUGUCCUACCUGCAACUUGAGGAGACGCAACGAGAGAAGGCAGAGAAAAAAAAGGAAUGCAGCCAAAACGUUAAAAUAUUCAAAAGCAGCCUUGCUCUGUAAUGAGGUAACCAAAGCGAUGCGCAACCUUUCGCUUUUGAUCUUUGACACUUAAUGGGAAGGGUAUCCAUUUACUGUAGGUCACACACAUAUGUGUACUGCUGCUCCGAGACUCUUUUGGGGUUAUUGAACUUGUUUUGUACAUAUUUACAGUAUGUAUGAUUGUAGAUCCUUUUAUUUUGUUGGUAUUAUUUUGGGAGGAAACAAUGCAUGCACAUUUCUGGUCUUGUGUCUCUGGUCCCCUAUCCAUAAUCCAUACCUAAUACAAACGUCACACUUUUUGUUUGUGAUAUAGUUGGUGUGUUUGGCCUCAAACAACGUUUAUUUAAUGAUUUAUGUAUCAACAAAUGCAAAAAAAAAUUCUGCAGAGAGUGACCUUGGUAUUGAUUGAUUACAAUAUUGUUGUGCACCUACAAUGAUUUGUUGUUUGAAAUAUAUUUUAAAAAGUGCAAUUAUGUAGUGCAAUAACAAUAAUAACAAAAAUAAUGUUUUUUUAGCCUAUUGUUGCUUUCAAAUAGAUAAACUUGAUCAAAAUCUGGUUAAGAGUCGCUUACAGACUUUAAUUUCUUUAUCGUUAUGCAGUGUUUUAAAGCAUUUAGAAACAUUUCAAACCGUUUGAUCAACAAUAAAUGUGUUUUUGAUUUUUUUACUUGUUUUGCUUUAUCUGCAUGGAUUUACGUGACAUGUUGACGAUUUGAAUGUGUUCCACAUCAUUGGCCACCACAUGUUAAGCGUGUUCAGUAUUACUUACAGAGUUAAGUAGGCAUUAGUGGUGCUUUGGUACGUCACUCACUGUGUGUAGUUUAACUCUUGUAGCAUUAACUUGGGGGAACUCGGUUAUGGAAUUGUCCAAACACUGUGCGUUUACACUGGCAUGUACGACAGCUCGGUGUUGUAUCAUUUCUGGUCGCAGAGGUGUGUUAAGAGUGACGUAAGCUUUGAUAUGGCCUGAAGGGGGCAGCAGAGUAUUAACUGUUUCAAAUGCAAGUGGAUACAACUGUUAUUCUAUAUUUAGAGUGACAAUGCUUAACGCUGUGAGAAUGAUGACAAUCCUAAUCUCAUAAACAGACUUUGUAGAAUCCAGGGUGUAACAAAUAUCUUUGAACAGUUUUAAUGAAACUUUGGUAUCAAACCUCACUGAUAAAUCUGCCUCAGGAAUGUUUCUUUUAUCGUUGUAUCACAUAUAUAUUUACACUUGUGAGGUUCUUUACAUUGUGGAGUUAAAGGUCAUUUAAAGUGUAGAAACUUUCAAAAGGUCAAUUUAAUAUUUAGCGUUGAAUCUCAACAGACUGUCUGAAAUUAUUGCACUUUGCAUUUCACUGAGCAUUUGUUUUGCUUUUGGGAGAUAAUGCUUUUUGACUUUUUGAGCAAGGUCAUUUGCAACUUUUAAAUUUUACAGAAUAAGAAAACAUUGCUGUAAGAAUUUAAAGAAGUCCUUUAAAUUGUCUUUUCAUGUGAAGACCAGUUUAGACUUUUACCAAAAUAUGACAAAAUUAACUAUCAGCAAAAAUGUGUAGAAUAUGAAUCACAAGGUUGUUCUCUCUGAAUCUGUAACAUUAAAAUGAGACAUUUCAGAUUUAUGCUCUAUCAUGUCAUGAAAAUAUGUUUUAUUUCAGGGACUUGAGGCUAUGCCAUUAAAGAUUUUAAAAGCCCUGGCUUCUGUUGAAAUUAAAAUGAAGAAUCAUUAUUCUUGAAGCUGUUUGUUUUUGUUGUUUCAAAAAGUCACUUUUAGGCACGUUCUUUAAACAUUAAAACCAUUGAAAAGUAUUUACAUUUUUCCAUUACUCUAAUAUCUGGCAGGCCAGAAUGUAUCUCAAUGGUCAAGGUCCUUUAUUAAUAGAGUAAAAAAAGACAAAAAUUAUUGUGAAAAAUUUAAUUGUCAUUCAGCAAAUAAAAGGUGAAU